AAGUCAAACCAUUUUAAAAUGUACAGAACUUUUAGUUCACUCGGAAGCUUGCAUCCGUCCACGUCGUGCCUGAUUUUCUUCCAAGAUUGGAAGCAUGAAAUCUUAUCUUAGUCGUCUCGUUGGCGGAUAAUAAAACGGAUUAAGUUGGAUUUGUAUACAUAACUUGAUAAAUGCAGACAAUUAAUAUUUUAUUUUGAUUGUGUAAAAAAAGUGUGGUAAAAACAAGUCGUUAAAUAUUUAAGUUGUCCCUAAAUUUCUUCUCCUUGGCUUUGAACCAGUCUUAUUCGUGGAGUUGAGUGGCAUCGUCACAGGCCAGAAUCAAAGUCAAUUUAUCAGUUGGGACAUCAGCACUCAUGUUCUCGGUACUCAUAAGAGCUUGUAACCUUCCAAAAAAUCCGAAAUCCUGCAAAGUCAGGCAGUACACUGGCAUCAUUUACUUAAGCGACAAGACCAGGUGGGGGAUUUAGUGGAGGAAGAAUCAUUGCAUUCACAUGCGCCAAGCAGACGACAUAAUAAAUCAGACAAUUUGAGAGAAACUGUACGAAGCGACUAAUCUCGAUUUGAGUGCAAAAAAGUUAGCAAAUCUGAGAAACUUGAAAAUAUCUAAAUUGUAAUGGGGGAUUACAUGAAUUCUGUCGUGCUCAGUGUUAGUGGGGGUGACGUGUCAUCAACCUAUGCAAAUCUGGUGAGUAUGGGGAAUACCCGUGGGGGUGGGGGUGGAUAUACGACAACGGGAGGAGGCGUCACCACGCCCCCGAUGUAUAGUGACAUUCUCAUAAAAUCCGAAUUGGACUCUUAUUCCCCCGCCUCACAUUCUCCAGAAUCUGAACACACCGGGUAUUACCACCACAACAACAAUAAUAACCACCCCUCCUUCCACCACCACCACCACAACAAUCCACAGUUCUCUUUCUCCACAACGACAAAUGGUCACUUUGGCGAUGGGGGAGGAGGAGGAGGGGAAAUAAAUGGUCAUCUGCAGAAUACCCCUCAUCACCAUCAGACCUCCUCCCUCUCAUUGUCGGAAGAAGAAGAAGACACUCUGUCUCAACAAUCGCUUAUCAGUUCUUCAGCCUUAUCACCGGCGGAGGAGGAAGAUGUCAUCAUGGGGCAGCAGCAGCAGCACUACUCACCCCCCAACAAUAAUAACACGAUGGACACGUCCACCAAUAUUCCUACGACGGCUAUUACAACCAAUAUUCUACCAGUGUCAACAACAACCGCCCCUCCUCGAAAGGGGAAAGGAGGCAACAAAGGUGGGGGAAGAAAAGGGAGGAAAAGGAAGAAUCAAAAUCUGUUAGAAUUAUCGGACGAUGGAGGAAUUGAGAACAACAGGAAGAAGCACAAAGUCAGGAGAAAGGCGGCCACUGUGUCGUUUGAGGACUUGCAAAACCAGGUGGGGCAGCGAGUCAUGGCAAAUGUACGAGAACGACAAAGGACACAAUCCCUGAACGAGGCGUUUUCCUCCCUGCGGAAAAUAAUUCCGACCCUUCCUUCCGAUAAGUUAUCGAAAAUCCAGACUUUGAAGCUGGCCAGCAAUUAUAUUGCCUUCCUUUGUUGGGCUUUACAAUGCGACGAAGAAGUUUUGGAGACCAAACUAGCAAAUAAUUCCUUCGUGACGAAUGAAAGGUUCAGCUAUGCCUUCAGCGUUUGGCGGAUGGAGGGGGCCUGGAAAGUAUAAUAAUUACCCCCCCUCUCCCCCCUCUAAUGAAAAACUAAGUGAAAGUGACACAAUUCUCUUCAAUUCUUUCCAUCCAUGAAAACAACACCAUAAAUUUUGAUUGACCAAAGUUAUAUUUCUACAAAUAUUAUCCAUGUUUUAUCAUUCAUUAGUUUUUAAAUUAGUUGAUUACAUUCAAAUAAUUUACAUAUGUAGCUAGUCGUAUACAUUAUUUAUAAAGUAUAGCAAUUUUUACAACAUUCAUACACACACACAAAAUACCCAUCACUUUUAUCGUGUCAGUAUUUCUCUCAUGUCAAUAAUAGUAUAAAUUAUGUAAACAAAAUGCAUGUGAAUUAACUCAACUGUCUGUGAAGAACAAAAAGAAUCUUUCUAACGUGCCUUAAGAAUUUAUUUGUUCAGAAUUUUCGAAAAUUUCCUGUAAUACUUAAAUAUUAACUAAAUAUUGUGGUCUUUUUGUAAUAAGUGUGAUAAGUCCUCAAGAAUAAGAACCAGAUAAUCCACCACAUACAUAUUUAUGCAUAACGUACACAAGUAAAUACAAAACUUCGGUUAAAAAGUACAUAGAUAUUAUGCCUAUUUUUUGUAUGUAACGAAUAAACCCGGUAUAAAAUAAACCCAGGACUGGAAAUAAAUGUCAGACGUUGACUUUUAUUCUGCA